UUGCAAGCGGAGGAAUUGCAGGUCAUUGUGCCUCUCCUGUUCGUUCAUCCGCGUGUGAUGGCUCUGUGCAAAGGUGCGCUCCUCUGUUGCUAAAACAAGUCCUCUUCCCCUUUUAGACCUGGAAUGUAAAAAGGGGAGGAGGGUGCUUGCCGAGAUCGCCGCUGACAUUUCCCCCCACCCCCAAGCGGGUUGAGAUAAUGCGAGCGUUACAUUAAAACUGGGGGAGCCGAGCUGAGCCGAUAACUGCGGGCUGGAUUGCGCUGCCUUUCUCGGAACAGCCCAGUAGUGUUGGCUGGACACGUUGCAUGCCGCCGGUGAACAAUGGCUUGCUCUGCCUGGUUGGUUCUGGUCGUGUUUCUCAUCUCCUGUGACAGUGGCCUGAUGACCUGCUUCCAAGGAUGUCACUGUGAAGUGGAAAGUUUUGGAAUGUUUAGUAGUUUCAGUCUGACCAAAGUUGACUGUAGUGGUGUUGGACCUCACCUCACUGUCGUCCCCAUACCAUUGGAUACCUCUUAUCUGGACUUAUCUUCUAACCAUUUGAAGGCCAUCUCCCCCUUGAUGUUUACAGGGCCUGGCUACACAACGUUGGUGAGUCUCGAUCUUAGCUACAAUGAGAUUACUGGCAUGUCUUCCAGCACCUUCUCUAAACUAAGAUACCUUGAAGCACUAAACCUGAGUCAUAAUUCCCUGGAAGUGCUUGAAGAGGGAAUCUUUUCAAACCUGCCUCUUGGAGAAAUUGACCUUAGCGCUAACAAACUGCGUGAAAUUAAUCUGGAUGCUUUCACACCCAAGGGACAUAGGAAGCCCCUAAGUGUGGACCUUUCAGACAAUCUGAUAACCUCUGUUGUCCGAAGUCUCAAUAAAGGUGUACCCAAUAUUUAUAGCCUGGAUUUGUCAGGAAAUAGAUUGCUGUCUGUGCCAACACGUUACCUUUCCAAUGUUCCAUUACGCUAUCUCAAUUUGGGUCGCAACAUUAUCUCCAGCAUUCCCGAGAAUGCUUUCACGGGAUUGCAGGAACUGACCUGCUUAUUGCUACGGAAUCUGCCAGAACUAACGGAGCUACGUCCCGAUGCCUUUAAAGGGCUGCAGAAUCUGCAGAUCUUAGAUUUGUCGCACUGUACAAACUUGAAAUCUUUAAAUGUGGCUGUGUUCGAUGGCUUGAGCUCCCUGCAGGAGCUCUACCUGGAAAAGUCUGGAGUUGCAGGGCUAUCAAGUGUCAUUCUAAACUACCUGCCCUCCAUUAAAAAAAUCUCCAUUGGGACCACCUUGCUGAGAUGUGGGAAGACAGCAAAAAAAGGUUCAUUCCACCGGCAGUUUGGCUUUGUUCAGAAGGAACAGACACUGCAUUGCUUAGAUAUCAAUGGAUCCUCAGAUACUGAGUACAUCUUGAGGUUGAAAUGAGCCAAAUCUGAACAGCAGUGAAGAAUGGGCCUUUUUUUUUGAUAACUGUGCCCGUCUCUUUGAACGAAACAAUAAGUGCCUUCAUUAAUUAAACUUCCUGUAUUUCCAAAAAAAUUUAAUUCUUUUCAGAGCCCCUGUGUCUCCAAAGGUUUCUCUUUCUCAUAAAAGCCUGUACGUGUGGAAUUUUCUUCCCACAGGAUGCACAUUGACAGCUCUGUGCCUUUUUAAGUUUGGAUAACUGUCAGUAUUCGGAGAAAAGAAAAGCCUCAAUCUCUGACAAACACAAGGCUUUUAAGGAUGUGCCUAGCCUAAUCUGACCUGGCUUUCUAAGCAAACAUCAGGCCAAACAUCAAGUGAUGCUAUAGGUGGAUACCUAGCAAUUUGCACGAUAUGUUAACUCUAUGGGCGAGACUUAAAAAUUCCAGGUUCUGAUGGUGAAAUGACGAUCUCUCCCUUCAUUUCUCAUAUCUACUAUGUUUUCAUCCAUUUGCAGAACUGUAGUCACAUCUGGUAUAGAUUUUGUUUUAGAUUGCUUUAAUUUUUCAGCCUGUCGAUUGUGAAUUAAAUGGAUGAAUUGUGCUAUCUUCACACAACCUGUUCAGGAAGGGCUGCUGAUUCCACAUACUGAGUUUUUUCACCCCUCCACUUCUGUUUGAAAUAAUAAAUUCAGAAUUUACAUGAGUAACUACCUACCUCCACUUGGGGUGCAAUUAGUUUCAAUAUUUGGUUCAGUAAUAAAACUGGAGCAUCGGAUCACUUUAUAUUAUACGACAUAAUCUUGCUGUUGUUCCAAUGUCUUCCACUUUGGUAUUGUCAAUUCUGAUUAUUGGUGUUUUUGGUUUUUCUCACCAUCUCUAUUCUGAGAGUGCCACUGUUCAAGGUUCUCCUCUGGUACCUCACCCCAAGUAAUCAUCCGUCAUGAAGUGAGAAUGGAUUGUGAGCAUUGACGGGCUAUUUGGCUGCAAGUGGGCAUCGCGGUUGAACUCGAUCGCAUUCUCAACUAACUUACGACUGUGCACUUUCCAGCCUGAAGCGUGACAGAUCAUUUGACUGUAGCAGGCAUCAUAGCGGAGCUUGGUCCCAUCCUCAAUCAGCAUUCUGGUGGGCAGUGACAAGGAGCAGGAAUCGUGGCUGCUUUCUUCUCCAGUUGACAUAGAUUCAAAUGUAGCAUCCUAACACAGCACAGGUUGGGGUGCUUGAUCCUAGUUCCUAGCUGAUAUGGCUGAUCUACUUUAUGCUUUAACCAGCUGAGCCAAUAGAGGAAAUAUAGAAGCUUUUCUUUUUCUUCACCCCACUCCCCCAUCCCCACCUGCUGAUAACAGACCUCCCAGAAUGUAUCGUCUGUUCUGCACACUCAUUCCAUUAGUGAAGCACAGCUGUAGCUCUUGGCUCUGGUACAGGAUUACCCUGUUGGAAAUGGUGAUGCUGAGCUGGGUCAUUUUGAUUCUCCAGAGCCAAGCUGCAAGGGCCUUGCCUCAAAAUGAAAAGACUAACGAUGAUGAGUUAGUGAAAGCAGAAAUGUCUCAUUGUACCAUCCCAGCUGGGAGGUAUCUGACUCCAACAUUAUCCCAUGAGAUGUGAAAUUGGUUUUUUUAAAAAGUGACCUUGUGACUUUGGAAUUUUGGCAUUUAAAAGAUAAAUUUUAUUGGUGUUGCCCUCUUGAAUUGUUCACACCCUGCCACCCAAUUAAAGGUUUAAUUCUUCUAAUUGGGGUUUGUUGGUUGAGUAUGUUGGAAGGUGUAACUCUAGGUUGAGCCACUGCCUGUUGUUUGAGGUGGUGAAUUAAUACCACCUACGAAGCAGAAAGAUGGUCCAUUAUUUUCCCCUCCCCUCCCCCAUAAUCUGUGUUCUGGUAGCAAUAUUCACUAAAUAAGUCCUAUUCACAGUUCUGGGGAGGGUGAACAAAAUUUGUAUCUUCUUCCCCUACUCAAAGAAAAACAGGCGGGUAGUCAAAUUAGGAAGUACUUUGUAAUAAUGAGAUCUGAACAUAUUUUGUAAUCUGUCUCAGUGAUGCAACAUUAACGGUAAAUAUACAAACCUGACUACAAUUCCUUUCUCUCUCUGUGCCUCAACAACAACAUACAGUACCUUUUAAUGUAAUAAAAUGUCCUAAGGCUCAGUUGGAUAGCACUCCCAUCCCUGAGUCAGAAGGUUGUGGGUUCAAUCCCCACUCCGGAGACUUCAGCACUAGAUCUCAGCUGACACUUCAGUGCUGCACUCUUUCAGAUGAGACCUUAACCCAAGGCCCCAACUCCUCUCUCAGAUAAGAAAUGUAAGAGAUCCUAUAGUACUCUUUGGAAGAGCUGGGGAGUUCUCCAGGGGGGUGUACUCGCUGUCAUUCACAUUUCACUUAAAUGCACAGGGCUAAGGGUGGGAAUUUCCUGCCUCGCUGAAAGUUAAUGGACUUGUGGCUGGGCCGCUGAAUCUCCCAUGGUGGGUCCUGCCACAAUGGGGCAAGAGAAUCUUCCCAUUUUAUUUUUAAAAUCAGCUUUUGGUGGUGUUAGUCCAGUGGGUUAACACUAGGCGGUCCUCCUCCAUCACCUAGAUCCAUAUCCAGGCCAGACUUGAGAAGUUGUUUUCACUGACGGUUCUGCAACAGAUUUGCCCCUUAAGGCCACGGGAGCUUGGUGUUCUUAGCUGGGGAAUGAGGUAUACACAGCCAAGAACAGAAUCAAUCAGUGUCUAGCUGUUGUAUCUGACAUUGUAUUGAGCUGACAUUAAGUGCCUGAAAUGAUGAGGAAAAUAGAACCUCAUAACAUAACUCUUUCUUUCCCACCACAUCUAGUGUAUUGGUUCCAAAGUGCUUUAUUAACCCAUUGAGAACAGUUUAAGAAUUUCAUAAGGCAGGCUCUUGUGCCCCAAUUGAACAAUUGGAUAUAGGGAUGCUGAUUACACCCUGUACACUUAACAAGGAGAAAGUUCAGUCUUGUUAGUUAAAUUAUAGGAGCCGCCUGUCUGCUGAAAACAAUGUGUCUCUGCCUCACUUUCUGCUGACCUAGGAAGUUUAAAAGAUCGCAUUUCACUUGAAAUGAGCCUUAAAGAAGAGAAUGCUUUUCUCCCAUGAAGACGCACUAUCAAGGAUGGCAGGUGAACAGUAGCUACUUGGCUGCCUGCCAGACAAGGCCUGGGCACAAGGAAUCCAUGCUUUUAGGAGUAGAAUUAAAAUGAAAGGAGAGAGAAAGAAAUGACUGCUGCCUUUGAGAGUGCUGGCAGAACUACAUAACUUCUUAAAAAAAAGAGCCAGGAUUUUUUUUGUAAUUGUGACUACAAUUGAUUUCAUGGAUGUAUGCAAUGAUGUAUGAAUACUAAUGCUGCCUUUGCACUCCUGUGGUAUGUAGGUGGACAAUGUGACAAUCAAACCAAUGCUGGGACUGCAAUAUUGGCUUCAUGCACUUGCAAACUGCCACAUGACACUGGACUGUCUUGAGAGUCACGGGGAGCUGUGUUUCUCAUCACUAAUUUCACCAUAUUGUCUCGUGGCCACUUUCACAGUUUGUUUUUGGUUGUAAUUUGAAUUCUGCAAUUAAAUAUUGAAAAAAUAAACAAAUUGCAAAGCUGUCAAAAA